GCUGGCCAGCUAUCCAGCGAGCACACAACAUCCGCCGACAGUCAGUCCGGCGCCGACACUUGCCGAGCGCACACGUGUACAAAAUUGUACAAAAAGUAAUUAUGGCCGCUGCUAGCCCCCACGCGCACUCAGCCUCUGCGCCUGACAGGCGUUCAGAGGGAAGAGCCGGCUCUAGGCGAAUAUUCCCACCGCAAUUCAAACUACAAGUACUGGAAGCUUACCGGCGCGAUGCCCAAUGUCGCGGAAAUCAACGUGCGACCGCCAGAAAAUUUGGAAUCCAUCGCCGACAAAUCCAAAAGUGGCUUCAGGCUGAACCAGCUCUUCGAGCAGCAUUAUUACGAAGAGCUCCGCAACCUGCACCUUCUCCUCCACCGUAUUCUGCCGGAUCUCCGGAGAGCGCAAGAUUGCCAUCACCGCCACCUGCAGUGUCGCUACCGUCGCCCGUGCAGAUAACAACGCCAAUGUGUCUUCCUCAAGUGCCUGCUACGCAACCACCACCGCCACCGUGUCUCCCAAUAAUUGCUGAACCGAUCGAUUUAUCCGUACGAAGGGCAUCACCUCCACCUCAAUCAGCAAAUGUGCCCUUAAACUCAACAUCAGAGUCGCCACGUAAACCUUUCAAGUUAUUCAGACCUUAUCUUCUUGAAGAUGAAAUUGAGAAACGACCAGCAGUGACAUUGGCGAUGCCGCUGACUACAUCACAUGUGUCAGCAUUCGUACCUGUACACAGCUACAACACGGGCUGUUCAUUGGCAGCCUGCCCUGCGCCACGCUGGUGUGCCCCGAUGCCAGCUUACGGGGCUCCUCUCAGGUGAGAGGACGCCCCCGGGGCCCUGCUCCGCUCCCUCUGUGAUCUAGUCGCCGUCGCCCGCCUGGCGCCGCCCGAGGCGUAGUCCUCCCCAUCGUGCCUUAUUUAACACGCUGCCGUAGUGCAUUAAAUUCGUCUGAAGACGGAUUAUUUUUGUGUAUAAUAUUAAGAUGGUAUUUUUUAUAUGUGAAGUUUAUGAAGCGUAAAUUUAUGAAGAUAUAUUAUUAUAUUACUAAAUAAAAGAGUUGUUUAUGUAAACCUUA